UGCUCGGAAAAAGAAAUCAAACUUAAAAAUGACUGAAAGUAAGUUAGUUCUAAAAAGUGGAUUGAAAUCUGAAUGCAGUUUUGUAAUAGAUCAUUCAUCUAGUUUAUCAAGCAUUUCAUGUCAAUCUUAUUCCAAUGUGGUAUCGUAUGAGUGUGAUACUGACAAGGGUGUGCUUCUUCAAGGGGUCAAUAAAUCAGUUGGUUCUAAUGCAAGUAACGAGGGUUGUACUGAGUCUUCCAAAAAUAAAGUAACUGUUCAAAGGAACAUAAAAAAAAGAAAUAACUUAGGAAAUUCAGAAAGAGCGUAUAAGUUUUGUAAUACUUCAUGUGACAAUAUUAAUACCACAAACCAUUCAUUGUUUGUUUCUACUGACAGUUGCAUCGAAAAUGAUGAAUUUCAGUCAAGUUACAAUAGUGAAGAAUCACAAGAAAUACAGAUUGAAACUGUUUUUGGGAAAGAAAUAUUUAACAUUGAUUUUGAACCGUCAAAACAAAUUGAAGCAAAUGAGCGAAUGAAAAGAAAAUUUGAUUUUGUGCCUGAACCUGUAGACUUUGAAAUUCCUCCCUUGCAUGAAAAAGAAAGGGUAGUAAACCCAACUAAAGAAGAUCGAGAAAGGUGGGCAAAACUAGGUGUGCAGAUCAAAAAAGAACGAUGGUCACCAGAGGAGGAUAGAAUACUUAAAAAAAAUUUGAUGGAAUUUUCUAAGGAGUAUGGCAUUUCAGAUCUACAUAUGAUUUUUGGUUUUCUUAGUGAUCAUAAAAAAGAUGUCCCCUUUUUAGGGUUUCUAAGAGCUAAACAUUUUUAUGCAAGAUUAGGCAAACAUUUGAACAAUAGAACUCUGAAAAGUGUUUAUGCCAGAGCAAGGAUUAUAUUUCAUCCAUAUGCGUCCAACAAGAGCUGGAAUCCUGGAGAAAUUUCAAAAUUAAUACAUUUAUACAACAUUUUUGGGAAUAAUUGGAAUAUAAUUAGCAAAGUGUUAAAAAAACCUAGUGAUUAUUGUUAUUCAUACAUUAAAUUUUUUUAAAAAAAAUAUGGUUCUACCCUUUUGAAUGAAAAACUCUCUAAAUGAAACCAAAGGGAAGUUUAUAUUGAAUUUACGUUACUAUCUUGUAUUUUCUGCCGAGCAUUCUCUUGUGAGAAAAAAGAAUGGUUAUAUGCAGGAUACCAAUUCCUAUGUGUAAAUUUAGAGCAUAUAGGCUCACAUUAUGCAUUUUUUUACUCUAUCUAAAAUAAAUUAAAAGUCUAAUAGAAGUCUCUCUAAGUUUAAGAAAUAGGGAUGAAAAAUAAAUAUUUCUAUUAAAUGUCAAUAACUGUAUCAAAAAAGUUAAGUUUUCUUCAAUGUGUCUUACAUUUCAAAAUAGAGUAGGCAGUUAGGGUAAUGAAAA